UAAAACCGUCAAAAUUAUCUAGAAGUUUAGAAUUAUAUUCAGCAGUAGUAUUAAAUAUUAAACACAAAGUUAAUUAAAUUAAACCCUUUGUUAAUUAAUGUGUGUAUAUUUCUCAGAAGAAAAAAAGGUGGCGAAAAGAAGCAAAAGAAAUAAAGAUGGUAACUCUGAAGAAACAACAAGUAUUAUUAAAAUGAGUAAUAAUACAAGUAGCUCAAUUGAAGAAGAAGAAGGAAUGAAUAUGAUGAUGAAAGAGAUAUUAAGUCCAAUGAUACCGGGUUUUAGUAGGGAAAGAGAAAUGCAUGAGAUGGUUUCUGCUCUUACUCAUGUUGUUUCUGGUGCUGCUUCGAUGAGUAAUGAUUAUUAUAGCCUGUGGUUGUCGUCGUCGUCGUCGUCGGGUUUUGGGGUGAAGAGAAGGCAUGGAGAUGAAGAGGGUGGAUCAUAUUUGGGUGUUGAAGGAGAUGGACGAAGUUUGGUUUCUUCUUCCUAUAAUCCAUAUCUUCCACUAAAAGAGGGACCAACAACAACAACUGCAACAUUCACAUACACUCAUCAAAAUCCCAUUAAAAACGAAGGCACCAACAUUACAUCACAACAACAAGUUGGAACAGAGCCAAGUAGAAGAAAAUACAGGGGAGUUAGACAAAGGCCUUGGGGCAAGUGGGCAGCUGAAAUUAGGGACCCUUACAAAGCUGCCCGUGUUUGGUUAGGCACUUUCGACACUGCUGAGGCUGCUGCCCGAGCUUACGACGAAGCUGCCCUUAAAUUUAGAGGAAGCAAAGCCAAACUCAAUUUCCCUGAAAAUGUCACUUUUCAGCAUACUCCGGCGAAUAUUCCGGCGACCCAUUUCACCAUUUCCAAUUCUCCGGCAACCCUUUUUGCUGCUCCUAGAAAUUCCGAAGAGUUAGUGCAAAAUCAACCAUUGGAGUUUUUACAAGAAACAGAGGAUUACAAAGAUUAUAUUGAUUAUUCAAGAUUAAUUAGUGGUUCAUUUGAUUCUAAUGAAGGUGAUUAUAGGUCAUUAAGUUUAUUAGAUCAAAUGUUAAUGUCUUCUUCUUUGUCUUCUCCUCCGCUUCCGCCGCAACAACAGGGUGGUUCCUCUGUUUCAUUACCUUCUUCAUCAAUGUCAACCUCACCAUUAGCAUAUCCUACUGAUGAGAUUCUUCCACGUGGAAGUCAAAGGAAGAUGAAGGAGUCUAAGGAUUUAUCAUAUAAUUAGUAUGUUCAAUUAUAGUAGACUAUAGAGUGUAGAAGUGUUGUAGUAGUUUGUAUUGUAUUUGUGCUUUGGCUCUGUUUUCCCCUGUUUCUUUCUUUUUUGGGGGCUUUUUUAGGUUUGACUUUGAUUAACUCAUGGUCAAAUAUGGAAUUAUUUUCAUGUUUUUUUUUUUCUUGUAAUACAUAAUUAAAUACUUAAUACACUAGUAGUUUUAAAUUGA